GCCGUCUCUCUCUCUCUCCCUCUCUUUUAAGCAUUGAAAUUGUACAGACAUGGUUCCUACCAAAUGGGGUUUCUUUGUUUGAGCGGAUGAUUCAAAGUUGCUUCUUUGUACUAAGAGAAGUGAGUGAAACUGAACAGUGAACACUCUUUUUUUCUCCCUUGCCGUACAGUUUUUGUGCUUGGUCUUUUAAGGAAUAUCCGAACCUUGACUUUAUAGUAGAGUGAACAUUCUAAGUACAGUUAAUCUCAGAACCCCUUUUGCAACCAUUUUGGAGGACAUAGAUGGCUACUCAAGCUGUGUAUUUCAAAGAACAUGAAGGAAUUGUCCACAAUUCUAUGGGGCAGGUGCCAUCGUCUUGGUGGGGUUCCUUUGCUUCUAAAUCGGGUUAUGGGGAAUCCUGUGGCCAAUUGAAGUCUUUUUCCAUGGACCUGCCAAGUGGUGGAGACCAACUGAUUGCCAACAAACAAGCUGGGAGGGGUACUGAACAUGGAGCAGAAAGAGGGAAUACAACUCAAUUAAAUAUCUUUCCUGAUAAUUGCAAAAGUUCAGGGGAUGGGCAAAAACCUCAGGCAACCAUUUCUCUCCAAUCAUCUCCGUCAGAAUAUCGAGGUCGCUUUGAGCUAGGAUUUAGUCAGCCUAUGAUCUAUGCAAAGUAUCCUUACGUUGACCAAUGUUAUGGAGUCUUCCCAAAUUGUGGACCUCAAAUUUCGGGCCGUGUUAUGCUGCUGCCUAUGAACAUGGCAACCGAUGAUGGACCUAUAUAUGUUAAUGCUAAGCAGUACCAUAGGAUUAUCAGGCGCCGGCAGUCCCGUGCAAAGGCCGUAAUGGAGAAUAAAUUGACAAGAGCUCGUAAACCAUAUAUGCAUGAAUCACGUCAUCUCCAUGCACUGCGCCGACCAAGGGGAUGUGGUGGCCGUUUCUUGAACACAAAGAAUACGAACAAAGUAAAAAGUGGAACUGAAGUGAUCAAAACUGGAGAUGGACAACUCUCUCAGGGCACAGGUUCUCAGAGUUCUGAAGUCCUUCAGUCUGAUAGUGGUACCUUUAACUCAUCAAAGGAUGCCAAAGGCAGUGGUUCAAAUAUAUCAGAGGUCACUAGUAUGUUCUCUAGGGGAGAUCUUGAUCGCUUUCAAAUCAACCAUCUCAUGCCUCCAGCCCACCCUUUUGCAGAUCUGAUCGAUGGUGGGCGUGGCCUUGUUAUGCCUAAGUGGGUUACAGCACCAGAUAACUGCUGUAACCUCACAGUCUGAUGUAGCAAGGUAUCAGGUGGGGUUGGUUUUAAGUAUACCAAUCCCCAUCUCGCAACCAGAUGGAGAAGCUUUGUUGUGAUCCUGGCGAUUGCAAAUGGUUUCUUUUGGAAGGCUAUCCUAUCCUUCUUAAUAUGCGGUUGCGCCGAAGGCAAAUCAUUCUUGGCUCAGGUAAAAGGUUAGACUCUUUCUAUUCCUUGCCCUUGCUGGCUUAAGGGGGUUAAAGAUUCUGACGCCUUAACGUAGCUACUAGUGGAGUAGGCUAAAAAAGUCUGUUCCGUAAUUAAAUAAGAGUGUUAAUGUAUGGAUAUGAAUCUGUGACUUAGAGAUACUGGAGUGUGAUGUUGCUGAUGUUAAAAAUGUAGUAUGUCUAUGUACCUGACUUAUGGAGUGAUGUAUUGCAGAACUUGGUGCUUGUGUUGUUAUCUUAAACUAUAUAUGGAACCACAAUGCAUUACCCUAGAACUUGGUGGUGCUUGUGUUAUUAAAUCAUA